GAUUCGUACAAUACGUUCCUUAAAAGAGUAACGUACAGAAACGUAAGACUCAUGAUCAACGAUACCCCAUUAAAAGUAUUCUACAAUAAUGAAACCGGAUUUGGGCUGCAGACUGACAUGACGGAUAUUUUGUUAACUUCGCGUUCGGUUCACUCACUUUUGCGAACAUUUCCUUCAAUUGCUGCGAAGAGGAGCAUCAAAAGUUUUCGUCCGAAAUUUUUAUGUCAAAGAUACGCUCCGCAAAUGAGUACCGACACUUCGAUUAAACAGAAAACAUUUUCAAAUCAAAAGGAUAUUCCACGCUUACCCAUUCCAACUCUCCAGGAAACUGCCGAACGUUAUAAAAAGACGUUGAUUCCAUUGUUAUCAACUCAAGAUUAUAAUAGGGCUGCAGUUGCUGUAGAUGAAUUUAUGAAAAGUGGAGGUCUGGCAGAAAUUCUGCAGGCAAGACUUCAUGAACUUGAUAAAAUUGAACCGAAUAAUUGGAUCGAAACCAUUUGGUUGAAUAAAGCGUAUCUCGAAUGGAGGGAGCCCUCACUCAUAAACGUCAAUUGGUGGUUGGAAUUUAAUGAUCCUAAAACCGGAAUCCUUGAGACCCCUCCUCCAAAAGGUCAAGUAUCGGAAUUGCAAAUUGAUAGAGCUGCUGGACUUAUAAACAAUCUGUUGGAUUUCAAUGACAAAAUCAACAACGAAUUAUUACCACCAGAAUCGACCCGUCACGGCCCAUUGUGCAUGAAUCAGUACAAAAAACAAUUUGGCGCAUCUCGUAUUGCAGAUAUUCCUGCCGAUCAAAUUAUAACACCUUGGCCGACUACUGCUAAACAUAUCAUUGUAAUCUUUAAGGAUCAGAUAUUUAAAGUUCAAGUUUUGGGUGAAGGAGGCGCAAGAGUUCGGAUCUCUGACAUAAAAAGGCAGUUACAUUCCGUGAUUGAGCAGGUGAAUAAUGCUACUGAAUUACAACCGCCAAUUGGAUUGUUGACAGGAGAACAUCGUGACACAUGGGCCGAGGCUCGCAAGAAGCUUGAAUCCGUACAUGAAAAUAAAAGCAUUUUCGAAGCAAUCGAUGAAUCAUUGUUUGCUGUCGCGUUAGAUGACUAUUCGGUUAGCAGUGAUAUUGAUAUUUCCCACCACAACAUCUUUCACGCACUUAACGGUCGUAACCGAUGGUUUGAUAAAGCAUAUCAAUUGAUCAUACAAAACAAUGGACGUGGCGGUAUUAAUGGCGAGCAUUCUCCCUCUGAUGCUGUGAUUCCUGGUCGUAUAUUUGAUGAAGUUUUAGAAAAUGAACCUGCAAAUGAUCCUCCAAAUUCCUCGUCCCUUUCAUUAGCGGAACCCCAAUAUUUGAAAUGGGCUGUUGAUCAAACCAUUCACUCUGCCAUAGAGAAAGCAAAAACCAAUAUUCAAUCUGCGAUCACAAAUGUUGAUAGUGUUUUAUUACACUACAAAGAAUACGGAUCUAAUAUGCUUAAGAGUGUCAAAGUUAGCCCAGAUGCAUUUGUGCAAAUGGCAAUGCAGCUUGCUUAUUAUCGUCAUUAUGGAGAACCAUGUCCAACCUAUGAAUCGGCUUCGACCAGAGGAUUUUUGCAUGGUCGCACGGAAACAGUUAGAACUUGCUCGGUUGAUAGCUUAGCAUUCACCAAAGCUUUCGAUGACAAAGAUAUCAAUAAAGAGAAGAAAAUCGAAUUUUUAAAAAAGGCUAUUAAGUCACAUGUUGAAUACAUGAUUUCAGCUACGAACGGCAAAGGUGUAGACCGACAUCUAUUAGGACUUCGCACCCAAUUACGUUCUGACGAGGAAAAAGCGAAGGCAACAUUAUUCAAUGAUCCGUCAUAUUAUCAGUCAAUGAAUUUUAAACUUUCAUCGUCAAAUAUGAGUCCGGGAAUGAACUUUCAUUGCGGAUUUGGGGCGGUAGUACCUGAUGGAUAUGGGGUCUGUUAUAUAAUUCAUCAAGACAAAAUUAAGUUCAGUAUUAGUAGUUACUUGAAGUGUAAGGAGACCGACAGUAAGAAAUUUAGGAAAACACUGGUUCGUACAUUGGAUGAUUUGGGAGAAAUGUUGUCAUAA